AUCGCUCUUGUUCCACUGGUGAUACCACCCGCCCGGGAUGUCGGAAGCAUAGAAUAAUUGGAGCUGUCAGAUCUGCGAAUCGGCUAUCAGCAUCGUUUAAACUCGCUCGAAUACUACAGUCGUGCAGUAGCGCAACGCCAUCAAGCCGCACUUAACCUCCACAUUCAACACCAAGCUCUUAGGCCUGGCCUGCACACCCCUGCUUUCAGCCUUGGAUACAUUUGCAUACGAAGCAGCUCUCUUUAGCAUGCUACCCGACGCCCAGCUGCUGACGAUCCCACCAACAUCUUUCAACUAUAAGCUUGCGGAUUUACCGUCAACCAACAAGCUAGUCGCAGCUUCUAGUCCAUUCUUCCUACACAUCAACGCUAGCUCAACAUACGUGGAAGAUACAGAACAUAUGGCACACCACAAUCACCGUUCCAGUCGAGUGCAGACCGAGAACGAGCUGUGGCUAAACAUGCCAGCUUCCACAAGGCGACAACAAGAGCACGACUGUCGGCCAGAACGAUCGGCGUAUCAAACAACCUCGCAGCGGAUUAGUGUAUGCUCCAGCAGUGGAAUCAACACGUCGAUGAUACCUGCUAUCACAACCAGUUCGGACCUUAACAAACCACUCCCACCAUCACCGUCCGGCCAAGAUAAACGAUCUCGCAAACCACCUUCCUUGCGCGGGUUUCUCCGACGCGAAUCUUCAAGUCAGACAGAGUCAACCCAUCUCCGACCCGGAUCAUCCCAUCAAAACCGAUACUCCACUAACCUAAAUGUGGAUACGAAUGGUCAUCAUAGACACAACUACUCACGAAGCAUGCCAAAUUCUCCCUACGAGUUCAGCCAGUCCUCUCAUCAGGAUCCAGCAACCCUUCCUCGAGCACAUUCCUCUGCGUCGGACUACUCAGACGUGGUGCAGUAUCAGCCGUACUCUCCACUACCACAACACCAAUACACUCGUCCUCAACAGCAGCGCGCGGUGUCAAUGAACCCCUACUUUGAGACCACAUCGCCUCCACGAUCACGUACCUUUCCCGAAGCUACACUUGGCGUUACGACACGCGACAAUUUUAACAGUCGGCCACGGCCACACACAACAUGGGUGUCACCCACAGAGCCAUUUACAGAUGUUUCUCAAUUCCAUCUAUUUGCUGAAGCGAUGACCGGACUGCCAAAUGAUGCCGAGCCUUUUUCACCAACCGGUCCACCACAGCUUCAGGGCUCACUUUUCGCUCGAAGAAGUGCUAAUGACACCAUUCCGAUACCUCUGCAAAAUCCCCAGUAUUUGUCAAGAACACAACCGACACGACGGCCUCAUAGAGAGCAGAGAGAUGAUUGGCAGAAUUUUGAGCCACCACCGCAUAUCUCGUUACAAGCAGGGUCCGCACAAAAUCAUCCUCUCCCUGUUCAAAAUCCGCCUCUCCACGCAUAUGAACAAUGGCAACCACCAUCACAUAUGGGUGCUAUCACAGCGGAAUUAGAGCUGCUGGGGCUGGAAGAUCCUCAGGGUUCAGACGAUGAACUUCCAGACUACCAACAGAGCCAAGCGGAGAUGGCGGCGAAGAAGAGACAAGAAGCAUCAGCAAGAGCUCGGGAACUAGAGGCAAGAUGGCGAGGUACACGCAGAUGAUCAUGGUUCUGAGUAUUGAGAGCUAUCUGGAAAAACACGAAAGCAGAAUUGUAUUCCAUUCUGGAUAAUUCCCACUAGCCUAAACCAGAGCAUGCGGAUUGCGCUCUUGGAGGCCAGGGUUCGCAUCUGGAACUCGUACGGUAUUGGGA